UGCUGGCUCGGCUCUCAGCUGCCCUGGCUUGCUUUCUCGGAUUUCCCCUUCCUUGGUUGUGAUGUGAGUCAGUUAAGCCUGAAGAUUUAGGAAGAGGAGAAAGCAGACAGACAGCUGUCCUGAGAAGGAAAGAGACCCCAGAUGGGGAAGAGCUGCAAGGUGGUGGUUUGCGGCCAAGCCUCAGUCGGAAAAACAUCAAUCUUGGAGCAGCUCCUCUAUGGGAACCAUGUGGUUGGUUCCGAAAUGAUAGAGACCCAGGAGGACAUCUACGUGGGCUCGAUCGAGACGGACCGUGGGGUGCGGGAGCAGGUGCGAUUCUACGACACCCGGGGCCUGCGGGAGGGCGUGGAGCUCCCCAAGCACUGCUUCUCCGGCACGGACGGCUAUGUGCUGGUGUACAGCACCGCCAGCAAGGACUCUUUGAAGAGGGUGGAGCUGCUCAAGAAGGAAAUCGACAAGUGCAAGGAUAAGAAGGAGGUCACCAUUGUGGUUCUGGGCAACAAGAGCGACCUGCAGGAGCAGCGGCGCGUGGACCACGACGCGGCCCAGCACUGGGCCAAGGGCGAGAAGGUGAAGCUGUGGGAGGUGUCCGUGGCCGACCGCCGGACGCUGAUCGAGCCUUUCACCUACCUGGCCAGCAAGAUGACGCAGCCGCAGAGCAAGUCCGGCUUCCCGCUGAGCCGCAAGAACAAGGGCAGCGGCUCCAUGGACGGCUGAAGGCCUGGCCUCCCCUCCCCCGCCACCUCGCUCCCAUGGCGCAUCCACCCUCUCCUGAGCUCUGGGGCGUUGGCACGAAGCCUGCUGAUGGGAGGGAGCUCCUGGAGUGGGUGGUGGGGCUCGGCCCCUGGCCACACUAGGCAGCAUGGCGAGGACCCAGUGCCAGGGAUGGUCACGGGGGGCAGUGAAGACGCCUGGCCCAUCCCUGCUGCCUGGAGGGGGAGGGCGGCCUUGGACGGCUGGUCUGAACUCAGGAUUCGCCCAGACCGUGCCCCGGGAGUCCUGGCCUGGUCUCUGCUCCCAAACCACAGGCUAGACAAAACUCUCGGCAAACACGCUCCUUGCCUUGGCAGGGGGCUGCGUGGGCAGCAGGAGGCCUGCGAAGGCCUCACCGGCCCAACCUCCAUUUGGCCCAUUGUAACCCUUGCCCUGAACCUGGAGGGGAGUGUUCCCUCCACCCCAAGAUUAUGGCACUACCUAGCUCCUUCCUCCCCCCUCCACCUGGGCCGCAGAAUGCCCCGGCCUGUCUCCCCGCAGUUCCUCCCUCUAGGCCGGCGCUGGAGCAGGUGCCCAGCUGGAAGGUGGACCCUGAGCUCCCCAGCUGUGGAGCUGGAGCUACAGGCGAGGGGUGAAGGCGUUCAUCCUCCAGGCCUCUCUGCCCACCGACAGGCACCUGCAAAUCGCCCUCUCUCUGCAGCUGGGGAGGCGGAUGGGGGCUCCAGGAUUGCUGGGCUCUGCUUCCAGGUGGCUCUUCGCCCCAUGCAUGCUGCACUCACCUCCCCGGGGGCUGCGUAGCUGCCUCCCUGAAGAUCGUGAGGAGCAAGGACUGCCCUGGGUCCCUGCAGAACCUUCACUGUCCCCUGCCCCCCCAGCUCUUUAACUGCCUGAGCUGCAGGGAAAUGCACCUGGCCCCUCUGCAGCUGCAGAAUCGGCGCUCGGGUGAGGCCAGGCUGAGCAGAGCUCGGGUUUAGGUUCAUUAAGCUCAUUAGAGCCUCAUCAGUGUCCAGCAUGUCAGAGAUGCCUGCAGGGCAGCCCUGAUCCGCUGCCUCUUCCCAUGCUGUGAUCCCAGGCCGAAGGCCAGGCCAAGCCAUGGUGUCGGGGUGGUGCCCCUGCCCCUGAUCCCGCUACGGGAGAGCCGAAGACCCCAGCAUGUGGAGCUCACUACAGAAGCCUGGGCGGGGGCCAGCCGUUUGCAUCGCUCGUUAGGCAGGUGCAGCUCAGCCUCAUUGCUGACGAGCAGCGGGCCCCGGGGGGACGCGUUUCUGACCUGCAGCUCUGGGGGGAGGGGUCGGGCUGCAGAGGUGGCCUCAGCAGGCUGUUAAAAUUGUCAGUUGGCCAAGAACCAAGGGUUAGUUUUAGAUGGUCCCUGAGCUUCUCCUUGGCCAGGAAUUUGGGACGGGCGGGAAUGUGCUUUGGCUGCUGGGGGGAGGCGGGGUGCAUGACUGGGGUCCCUUGGAUUAGCCCACCCAGCAGCAGGGCACGUUCCGGUGCUGGGAAGUGAGGCUGGUGGGGUUUUUUUAAUGAUUGCAUGUAUGUAAUCUCAUGUCAGAGGCGUGUAGAGCCGCUUCCUCCUGGUCAGCAAUUGCCGUCAAUAAACU